AGUUCGCUCUGCGAGUUAUUUACAUAAAGGGCGUGUCCUCUGGUGCUAUUUGCAUGGAGAAGGGGCCUGAGGCGCAAACUCAGUCCGGUGGGAGCCCCGGACGGCUCCGAGCGGCCUAAUUUGCAUGGGGCGGGGCCUGCUCGCACUGACCGCCAGGUGCCGCUUCCUCUUCCAGCCUGCUUCCGCCGCCUUUUUUCCGAUUUGCGCGCGCCUUUUUCCGGCGCCGGCCCGCGGCCAGAGGGGAUGCUCCCGAAGCAGCGACGGGCGCGGGUCCGGUCCCCCGACGGCCGUGCCUCCUCCUCCCCGCCGCGCUUCCCGGGCGUCGCCAUCUACUUGGCGGAGCCGCGCAUGGGCCGCAGCCGCCGGGCCUUCCUCACGCGCCUGGCGGUCUCCAAGGGCUUCAGAGUCCUGGACGCCUACAGCUCUGAGGUGACGCAUGUGGUGAUGGAACAGACCUCAGCGGAGGAGGCCAGCUGCUGGCACGGGGGCAGGGCGGCAGCGGCCUCGCCCCAAGGAGGCACCCGCCCAGCGCUGCUGGACAUAAGCUGGUUCACAGAAAGCAUGGCAGCUGGGCAGCCCCUGCCCGUGGAGCAGCGGCACCGCCUGGAGGUGGCUAUGCCCAGGAAGGAGCUGCCCAGCCCAGUGAGGAUGCCGCCCUAUGCCUGCCAGCGCCCCACGCCGCUCACACACCACAACACUGGCCUCUCGGAGGCUCUAGAGGUGCUAGCGGAGGCCGCAGGCUUUGAGGGCAGAGAGGGCCGCUUCCUCUCCUUCCGUAGAGCAGCCGCGGUGCUCAAGGCCCUUCCGAGCCGGGUCACGGCCCUGAGCCAGCUGCAGGGGCUGCCCCACUUUGGAGAACACUCCUGCAGGGUCGUCCAGGAGCUGCUGGAACAUGGGGUGUGUGAGGAGGUGGAGAGGGUCCGGCUGUCAGAGCGAUACCACACCAUGAAGCUUUUCACUGGGAUCUUCGGGGUUGGGGUCAAGACUGCUGACCGGUGGUACCGGGACGGGCUGCGGACCCUGGACAGCCUCCACAAGCAGCCCCAGAGGCUGACCCAGCAGCAGAGAGCAGGACUCCGGCACUACCACGACCUGAGCGCCCCGGUCCGGCGGCCGGAGGCGGAGGCCCUGCAGCAGGUGGUGGAGGCCGCUGUGGCGUGCGUCCUGCCCGGGGCCACCGUGACGCUGGUGGGCGGCUUCCGGAGGGGGAAGUUGCAGGGCCACGACGUGGACUUGCUGGUCAGCCACCCCCAGGAGGGCCGGGAGGCCGGGCUGCUGCCCAGCGUGAUGGGCCGCCUGGAGAAGCAGGGGCUUGUCCUGUACCACCAACACCACCGCGGCCGCCCUGAGGACGCCGCCCACCCGACCCGGGGGAGCCACACCAUGGAUGCCUUCGAGAUUGCUUUCUGCAUUUUCUGCCUACCACAACCCCCAGGGGCCGUGGUGGGGGGCGCCCAGAGGAGGGCCGUGCGGGUGGACCUGGUGGCUGUCCCCAACAGCCAGCUCCCCUUCGCCCUGCUAGGCUGGACUGGCUCUAAGCAUUUCCAGCGGGAGCUGCGCCGCUUCAGCCGGAAGGAGAGAGGGCUGUGGCUGAACAGCCAUGGGCUGUUUGACCCGGAGCAGGUAGUGUUGCUGGGCGGGGGGUUGCCUGGGGGAGGAACCCGCUGCCCCUCCCGACCCCUCCCUACGCCCUUCUCCAGGAAGCCAGCGCCGUCGGGGGCAGCCCCCAGGCCUUAACACCCCCACUCCUGUUGCAGAAGAUGCUUUUCCACGCGGCCUCCGAGGAAGACAUAUUCAGGCACCUGGGCCUUGAGUACCUUCCCCCAGAGCAGAGAAAUGCCUGAGCCUGCCUGCCGGCCCCACCCCACUCUGGCGAGCCAGCCCUGUGGGCUCCAGGGAGAGGAUGCACUGUGGCCCCAGGUCCUCGCCCCUCCCGACCCCCGGCCCGGAGCCCUACCCACCCUCCAGUCCAGGAUCUAAUGAAAUGACACCGUGCACCAAACCAAGCUCUGUGUUCUGAAUGCGCUACUGUGAUGGGGAGUGCGGGGCACCUGGCCCCCAUCAGCUAUGGGGUGAUGGUUGGGGGCACCGUGGCGGGGUGCCCCUGGGCCAGUGUGGAUGUGAACAGCCCCGUCUCCGUGGUGGGGUGCUUGCACGGCCUGAGGUGGUGGAUGGCGGUGUCCCAGGGCUCCGAGAUGGGGGGUGGAGGCCUGGAGCUCCUUCCCGCCAGGAGUGUGCCACCAGGCGCUAAAGGGCGGCCAGCAUCUGGAGAGGGCCGGUGCAGAGGCAGGAGCUGGGGUGGGGGGAGAACUUCCGGUGCUGGCCCCCACCUUCCAAACAGGCGUCCAGUCUCCGGUCUCUGCCUUUGUUCUUCAAGCUCUGUUCUCAGAAGGCCUUUAACAGCCACGUAGCGUCCCCGCCCUUGCUCCCUGCGCCCCACAGCCCCCCACCCUGUUCAGUAAUUCCAGAGUCCUCACUGUGGCCCCCAGGGGCCUGGCAUUCCUGCGUCCCCCUGACCGCUGGCCUCCUCUCCGCUCCCACUGCUCUGACCGAGCCGCGGACGCCCGCGGGGCCGGUGGGGGUCCCAGCGUCUCACGGAGGGGCACUGGCCACGCGGUGUCCUCUGCUUCGGCUCCAGUGCCUUCGCUGCUGGACCGUCCACCUGGAACACUGUCCAGACUCACAGGUCUCUGUCAGGUGAGGACGCCCCUGACCGCUCUCUGCAAUAAAAAAUACUUUUCAAAGGAACUUGCAGUGACGUUGACUCGUUUUGGCAUAGGGUUUUACGAAUUGUAACGUGUGUAGUCGCGCCCACCUCCACCAGGCCAACCUUGCAAAUAAAGCAGCCAGUUAUUGUACCAGCAAAAUGGGUUCAUUUGGGAAUGGCGGAGGGACUGCGAUCAGGCCGGGACCAGGAGGAGGGGGCUGGGCGGGGCUGCUCUGCGGGUCCGAUGGAGGAAGCGGGGGGCCGGGUGGUGCCCGGCGGCAGGGCAGGCUUCUUCCCAAGCUGGGGCUCCAUCCGAGCCCCUCUCCGGCCCCCAGACUCUUCUCAGGGAGGUUGUGUUUGCUCAGUGUGUCUGCUCCGCAGCAGGACGACCCCGCGCUGGCCCGACGACCCCGCGCUGGCCCGUCGUCCCCCCACCGCCGCUCGCCUGUCGCACCCACGGGCUCUCCUGGCGCUUCCCGGUCCCUGCGGUUCUCCUUCUGCAGAACGUGCUGUGCGUGCAGGCCCACUCCGUGUAAGCUUCCGAGACUGGCCCCUCCGCGUGGGGCCUCCGACAGCCCUCCGGGUGCCCGUCGUUCCCCCUGCCACCGCGGGGCAUCAUCCGGCGUCGACGCGUCCACCUGUCGAGAACUUGCGUCCAGGCUCUGGUGACCACGAAGAGAACCGCUGCAGACUUGGACGACGCGUGUCCGUGUGAACACAGGCUCUCCUUUCUCGGGGCACACGGUGAGACCCGGGGUCUCCAGGGCUUACGGGGUGAGGGUGGGCCACUUUCCAAGGACCGCCGCAUGGACAAGCGUCCCGGGAGCCCGGCGCUCGGUUUGCACGCGCCCCCGCCGUCUGCAGGGCCGAGCACUGUUUCCCCGCGGUGCCAUCGCUGUCUCCGCCCUGCGUGUGGGUGCCCUGCUCUCUGUAACCGUCUGUGUGUAGGGUGUGUGUGCAUUUCUUCCAAGGGCGCUUCUCAGAGCAGAGUUUGACCUUUUAGGAAGUCUGGUUCGCCAGUCUGUCCGUGCACCUUUUUUCUUUCCUCUCACGCUUCUGGGUCAUGUCUCUGACUCCGAAUUACAAUAAACGCUGUCUCUGUUUUCUUGCAGAGCGUACAGUUUACAUGGAGAUGUAGGAUUCAUUCUGAGUGAAUUUUAAGUAUGAGGUUUAGGCUGACGAUUCGGUAUCUGCGGGAGGAGGCCCGUGGUUCCAGCACCAUCUGUCGACAAGGCCGUCUUUUCGCUCCCGGAUUGUCCUCGAACCUUCCUGAGACAUCCGUUGGCCAUUUUUGUGCAGGGCUGUUUCUGGGUUCUCUUCUGUUCCAUCUCUCUCUCUGCCCAUCGCUUCAAAAACACCCUCCUAACUCGACUAACCUGAAUUGGAGGGGAAUGCCUAGAUCAGCUGGUGUGACUCCUCUAAUUUUAUUCUUUCCAGAUUGUUUUGCCUGCUCUUCUUUUGACUUUCCGUAUAGAUUUUAGAAUCAGCUUGUCUGUCUACGAAGGAAUACUUGGGGAUUCGUGAACACAGGAUGUCUCGGCACGAAGUUGCUUGUCUUUGAUUCCUUCCAUCAGUGUUUUCUGGUUUUUCAACAUAGAGACCCAGCCCCUGCUCUGUUAGGUUUAUGCCUAAUGCUCUCUUUCCCUUGGAGCUGUUACAGAUUGUUUCAGUUUCCAUUUGUUCAUUGUGAGCACUCAAACCCACCUAUUCUCAUGCAUAGAUGUAUCCAGAAACCUGACAGAACUCACUAUUAGUUUAGAUUCCUGGUGGUUCUGUCUGUCCGUCCACAUAAACAGCCCUCCUGUCUGUGACUGGGAACAAUUUCAGGUCCCCUGUUAUUUGCUUGUGUGGCCUCACUGGUCUGGCCGGAGCCUCUGGGGCUCCGCGGGUGGACGUGGGCCUCUUUGUUCGCGCCCAGUCUUGGGUUCAGCGUUUCCCCAUUAAGAUGAUGUUAGGGGUCCGGCGUCUGUAGGUGCCCUUUAUCAGAUGAAGGAAGUUCAGUUUUAUUCCUGGUUUUCUGAGUAUUUUUAUCAGGAAGGGGUGUUGGAUUUUGUCAAAUGCUUUUUUUUUUUCAUUCAUUGAGAUGAUCAUGUGUCAUUUUUGUCAAAAAACAAAACAUUCUACUGAUAGGGUGUAUUAAUUGGCUUUCAGAUUUAAACCUCCCGACAUAAACUGCAUGGUGUAGAAUCCAUUUUAUUUGUUGCUAGAUUCUGUGCUGAAGUUUGUAUGUAACAGAUCCUCUCUGCAGCUGUCUCUGCUGUCUUUGAUGAGUGAUGGUAUCAGGGUGAUUGAUACCAUGGAACACGAGGUUACUGUUCACUUUAACCAAUGUGCAUUAUUAUAUUCAGGGCAAGUUCCUCGAAGCCAGCAUGGAAUUGGGUGACUUUUAAAAGUCCAAACUAUAAGUUGUCUUUAAUUCAAUGUGUUUGGCUGUGAUAUUGUGAUACAAUAAGAAAUGCAUAAGGGCGGGCGCCUGGGUGGCUCAGUCGUUAAGCAUCUGCCUUCCGCUCAGGUCAUGAUCCCAGGAUCCUGGGAUCGAGUCCCGCAUCGGGCUCCCUGCUCAGCAGGGAGUCUGCCUCUCCCUCUACUCCUCCCCCCUGCUCAUGAUCUCUCUCUCUCGCUCUCUCAAAUAAAAAAAAAAAAAAGAAAUGCAUAAGGGCAUCUGGGAGGCUCAGUCAGUUGGGCGUCCAACUCUUGAUUUCGGCUCAGGGUCCUGGGAUUGAGCCCUGUGUCAAGCUCAAUCCGCUGGGGAGCCUGCUUCUCCUCCUCCCUGCUCAUGCUUGCUCUCUCUCUCAAUAAAUAAAUAAAAUCUUCUUUAAAAAUACAGAAAUCCAUAUUUUGGUCUUCCUGUCCACCUCCUGGCCAGAGCUCCUAAAUCCCAUGAAAUGUCUUGGGUGAAAGGAAUGUCUUUUUCCCAGUGAGGCACUCACUCGGUGGGCUCUGGGAUGGCUUUGGGAUGGGGCUGGGCACCAGAAAGAUCAGGCCGUGAUUAGAAGCCCAGCCCCAUCCUCCAGGAAGGGGAGAGGCACUGGAGAUCGUUCAUAAUCAGUGAUGCCAUGAAAAUCCCUAAAGUACAGGUUCGGGGAGCUUCUGGGUUGGUGAACACGUCCUGCAUCACAGGGUGAUGCACCCCAGCUCCACAAGGUUGAGGAGCAGAAGCUGCUACACUCAGGAGCCUUCAAGACCUCACCCUAUGCACCUUGUCAUCUGUUUGUACAUAUCUUUUAUCAUAUUCUUUAUUGUAUAAUAAACUGGUAAUGAAAGAGUUUCCCUGCGUUCUGGGGGGGAGUUGUUCUAGAAAAUUAUCAAACCCAAAGGGGGGCAUGUGGGAAGCCCAAUCGAUAGCCAAUCUGUCGGAAGUACAGGUGAGCACCUGGGGCUUGCAAUUGGCUUCUGAAGCGGGGGCAGUUUUGGGGGACUGAGCCCUUCCCCCAUGGGGUCGAUGCAGUCUCCAGGGAGAUGGUGUUAGAGCUGAGUUAGACGGUAGGACCCCCAGUUCUCCUUGGUGGAGAAGUGCUUGGUGGGGAAAAUUCACAGCAUGAGUGUUAGCGGUGGUGUGAGGAGUAGAGUUCAAGAGUAGAAACAGCCUCAUUUCCUUUAGUUGCUGUGCAGAGAGUGCCCAUGUCCGAGGCCAGGCCCUUCCCGUUUAAUGAGACUAUUGCAUGGUUUGGGGUUAGGCAAACAGUUGUUCUCUGUUUCUUCUUUCCUGCCCUGCUGCUCUCUUCCUGACUAUAUUUCUUUGUAUAUAUAAUAUUGAUGGGGGCACCUGGGUGACUCAGUCGGUGAAGCAUCUGCCCUCGGCUCAGGUCAUGGUCCCAGGGUCCUGGGAUCGAGUCCCACAUCAGGCUCCCUGCUCAGUAAGGAGCCUGCUUCUCCCUCUGCCCCGACCCCCUGCUUGUGCGUGCUUUCUCCCUCUCUCAAAUAAAAUCUUUAAAGAAAAAUAUUUAGUGGUUCUAGAAAUUAUAUACACACUUUUCAUAGCCUACUUAGAAUUAAUAUUUUGCCACUUUGUGUGGAAUGGAGAAUGCUACCAGCCUACAGGUCCCUUUACCCUUCAUGUUGUAGUCUGAUUCCCUCUGCAUACAUUGGAACCCCCAGCAGACAGUGUUAGAAGACAAAUUAUAAAUUUAUAAUGUAUAUGUAGCUAUAUAUAUUAAGUUUAUAUUUUAUAUGUGUGUGUGUGUAUAUAUAUAUCUUAAGGGUAGCUAUACAUACAUACGUAUAUAGCUAAACUUAAUAAAAACUGCCAGUUAUUUCACCAGGAACAGAUGGGUGUAUUCAGGAAUAAAAGAGAAUUUCAGUCCUGGACAAACAAGCUGGGCAAAACCCUAGGCAAGUCUGGGGAACGAGGGAGAAAAGGGGUGAAUUGGGAGGAGCUGUUAUGAACUCAAAGUGCGUUGGA